GCUGACUUUAGCUCGGACUAAAAUCAAAACAAACUGAUAAAGAUGUGUAAUUUUGUGGUUGUUUGACAGCUGGCUUUAAAMGUCACCAUGGGAACGUUUGCGUGACGUGUUUACUCUGCGACGCGCCGCUUUGCCACGUCACCUUCAGGCGACUCGUUUGUUUUGGUGAAGCGACUCUAGCUGACGUUUCGUUUGUUUUCAUUGCACUUAGCUGUCGCUGCUGGUUAUUCAAACAUGUUGACGACCGAAGACUUUUCCCGCUUUCCGCUCCAGACGUGGGAGAAAGUAAAGUCGAAGGUGAAGAAAGCGGUGGUUUUCAUGGACGACAGGUGUGCAGAGGGGCUCCACUGGAGCGGGGGGGCUUCUGCCUUCUUGGAGGCUGGAGCCAGAAACAUCAAGCAGUUCUCGAGCUUCGAGGCGUGCGCUAUGAACGAGCCCAAAGCUGUGUUUGUGGUGAGCACCUUGUUGAAGGGGAGGACCGUGGAUAUUAUCAGAGACAUCAUCUCUGUCAGCCACUUCCRGUACUGCGUGGUCUUCACCUGUGUGCCGCACUCCGCCCACCUGCUCGCCAACAGGGUCCCGGCAGAGCUGGACGGUGAACCCGUCUUUCAGCAGUUCGAAGAGAAGCUCUGUGAGUGGAUGGGCAACAUGAACUACACGGCGGAGGUCAUGUACGCUCCUCUGCUCUUUGCUCCCGUUUCGCAGCAGCUGCUCAUCACACCGACCCUGUCCCAGCUGUUCCCCCUGCUGGCACCAGACCUGGCGACAAUCAACGCCAAACGACCAGAGAAGAAGAGGUUCGCCAGCCUGAACGAGGUGGACGUGCACUCUCUGCCUUUAGAGCUGCAGAUCCAAGUCAGAUCCUUAGUUUCAGCCCUAAAUGUGAUGUUCGAGGCCACAGGAACACGGGAAGAGAGCUUUGCUUUGGGUCCARUGAGCCGCAUCAUCACAGGGGAACUGGCCAAUCACGCUCAGUCCAAAACCAGAAGGAAGACUGCUCCUAACAAAGCAUCUAUCAUAUUUGUGGACCGAACAAUGGAUCUUGCAGGAGCUGUUGGUCAUCAUGGAGAUAACCUGGUCGAGAAGGUUCUCACGGUUCUGAAGCUCUUGCCUGGUCAUGUGACUGAUGUGCAAGUAGACAUGUUGGAGCUCACAAGUCUGAAGCAAACCCCUGACUCCAAGAACAUCCUGGCCCCUGGCUGCCUUGCACAGACCCAGUCAUCAACAGCAUUGUCACUGUGGGAGGCCAUGCUGACCAGUAAACACAAAGAGGCGGUGAUGGAGGUCCGUCGGCACCUGGUGGAGGCGGCCAGUAAAGAGAAKCUGCCCGUCAAGAUGAGCAUGGGUCGUGUGACUCCUGAGCAGCUGUGUUCCUACAUCAAGCUGUUCCAGAGCAAUUGGGAGGCUCUGGAGAGUCACUGUGGGGUUCUCCAGCUGGGCCUGGCCACUGCCCAGACACUCAGACACCCCAGCCUGGCCCAGUGGGACACCUGUCUGGCCUUCGAAAGGCUGCUGCUGCAGACUCUUGGGAACUCUGACUUUCCUGCUGUGCUGAGGCAGUUACUGCCCCUGAUGAAGCCCUGGGACAGUGCAUCCUCUGGGUCCAGGCUCAGGGAGGACAAGUUUGGACCAGAUGAGCUGAUCCUCCUUCUCAUCUAUGUGUACUCUCUGGCUGAUGAGGCUCAGCACACAAAGCGAGCUGCAGAAGAGGAGCAGGAGGAGCUGGAGAAGCUGGAGCGGGAGCUAAUAGGAGCGCUCACCCUGGUCAUCACGCAGGAGACAGAACUCAGCCCUUUGCUCCAGAAACUCACAGAAACUUGUGGCCACCAAAGAGGUCUUAGUGGUUCAAAACAAGUCAUUUCUUUCUGGAUCUCACAUCAUGUUUGUCCUCUUUGUUCUUUGACACCAUCAAGGCUCUGUACAUCAUAAAACAUAAGAAUCUGUUUUUAUUCUGCAAAGUUGAAGGAAAGUGAUCAUCCAGGUCAGGAUACGUCCAUAUGUUUGUGUGCUGGUGAUGUAUUGAUGGAUCAGCCAGUAAACAGAACCUUCAUCGCAAAUAUCAGUUGAGUUUAUUGCUCUGGGUUCAGAUCUGCUACGUUCAUUGUGUUUACUUGUUUUUCAGGUGUCAAGUGAAAGCCACAGCUCUGUCCCACAAUUACAUGUGUAUCCCCUCACUCUGACCAGGCAAUCAUAGCUUUGCAGAGUCAAUAAACAGCUGCACAUGAACUUGUUCACACAUACACAGUUCUGUGCCCAGAACUUAUGGAAAGUGAUCUCUUACAUUGGCUUUUCUCACACACAGCAGACACUCAUGUUUCUUCUCUGUUUGUCUUUGUGUGCUUUUUUCUAACUUUGGCCAAAGUACAACAAGCUGCUGCCUCUUCAGGCUUAAUCCUGAAUUAGAUUAUUUACUGUUAAAAUGAACUGAUUGGGGUUUCCCAAUGGUUUGUGGUAAUUUUUAGACAUCAAAUCAGGUAUUGGACAGUUUAUGAUGUUGAUUUAGUUGUUUAUGGCCCCAUAAUUACAGAAUAAUAACUUAAUGCUGUCUUGUUGCACAAUACAUUCCACUAUAUUUUGGAAAAAGAAAAAAUGACUCUGUUUACAAGAAUUGUGAUACAAAGUUUUCAUUUUGUGUCCAUACCUAAAAAUAUCUUUCUAAAAGUAACAUUUCCUGUUGUGGAAAUGUUUAUAUACCAAAUAACAGAAAUAUUAUGAAGAAUAAAAGAACUUUGUAGAAUUGU